UUGAAAAAUCCGACUCUGAUAGCGACAUCAACAAGUUACCAACCUACCUACACAUAACAAAAAACUUUCUAUAUUUACAUUUUACAUCGGAAAAUAAACAAUUCCGAUGAAAAUCCGGUGAAAAAAUGUCGGGCGAUCACAACGUAUUAUUACGUUCUAAUUCAUCGGCAUCAGAAAACGGCGAUUUAGAAAGCCAAUCCUCGCCGAGGAGAACUAAUAAUAAUAAUAGAAGUAUUAAGGAUCUAAUUAAGCGAUUAGAUCGCGGGUUUUCGGGUCGCCGAUUAUCCGAUAGGGAUAGGGAUAAUCGGCGAGGUGUUGUUUCAGAUGAAAUAUUGGGGGAAAGUGCACCACCAGAAUGGGCGAUGUUACUUGUUGGAUGUUUACUUGGUCUUGCUACUGGUCUUUGUGUUGCUGCCUUUAAUCGUGGGGUACACGUAAUACGUGCAUGGGCAUGGGCUGGUACUCCUACUGACGGUGCUGCUUGGCUUCGUUUGCAAAGGCUAGCUGAUACUUGGCAUCGGAUACUUUUAAUACCAGUUUUGGGUGGAGUCAUUGUUGGCAUGCUGCAUGGUCUGCUCGAAAUAUUGGACCAAAUAACACAGUCCAGCUCUUCUCAGGGACAAGGAUUUGAUUUAAUUGCUGGAAUCUUCCCUACAGUGAAGGCCACUCAGGCUGCUAUAACUCUGGGUACUGGUUGUUCUUUGGGUCCUGAAGGCCCUAGUGUAGAUAUAGGGAAGUCAUGUGCCUAUGGAUGCUCAAUGAUGAUGGAAAACAACCGGGAAAGAAGAAUAGCUCUCAUUGCAGCUGGCGCAGCUGCUGGAAUUGCUUCAGGUUUCAAUGCAGCGGUAGCUGGCUCUUUCUUUGCGAUUGAAACAGUUUUAAGACCACUCCGUGCCGAAAAUUCACCCCCUUUUACAACUGCAAUGAUCAUAUUGGCUUCUGUUAUAUCAUCAACUGUAUCAAAUGCAGUACUUGGAGAGAAACAGGCUUUCACAGUGCCCACGUAUGAUAUGAAAUCUGCUGCUGAGCUUCCAUUGUAUCUGAUACUUGGGAUGCUGUGUGGAGUAGUAAGUGUGGUUUUCACUCGAUUGGUGUCCUGGUUCACCAAGGGGUUUCAGUUCCUCAAGGAAAAGUUUGGACUUUCUGAUGUUGUCUGCCCUGCUUUGGGGGGUUUAGGAGCUGGUGUAAUAGCUCUUAGAUAUCCUGGAAUUCUCUAUUGGGGUUUUACUAAUGUUGAUGAAAUCCUACAUACUGGGAAGACGGCAUCUGCACCUGGAAUUGGAUUGCUAGCUCAAUUAGUUGCUGCAAAGGUCGUGGCCACUGCUUUGUGCAAAGGGUCUGGCCUUGUUGGUGGAUUGUAUGCACCAAGUUUAAUGAUAGGUGCUGCUGUGGGUGCUGUAUUUGGAGGGUUAGCCGGGGACCUAAUUAAUUCAGCUAUUCCUGGGAAUGCUGCUAUUGCCCAGCCACAGGCAUAUGCACUGGUGGGGAUGGCUGCUACACUAGCUUCAGUUUGCUCAGUGCCUUUGACUUCAGUGCUUUUAUUGUUUGAGUUGACAAAAGAUUAUAGAAUUUUGCUUCCUCUCAUGGGUGCCGUUGGGCUGGCAAUAUGGGUGCCUUCCGUUACAGACCAGCCAAAAGAAGCGGACUCAUCAGAAGCUAAGUUUGCAUCAAAAGGUUACUCUAUUCUUUCGCCAGUUGAUGAGAAAAAUGAAGAGGAUGUUUCGAGGCAAUCUGGUGAGAGAAAUAACUUGGAACUAAUGGUGAUUGGGAGUAAUAACAGUCAUGAAUCAUUUGAUGAAAGUCUCAUUUUGGAAGAUCUAAAGGUUUCUCAGGUCAUGUCAAAUGAUUAUUUGAAGGUCUCUCCGAGCCAAACUGUGAAAGAAGCAUUAGAAUGCAUGCUUGACGGCCGACAGAGUUGUGUUAUUGUGGUUGAUGCUGAAGGUUACUUGGAAGGAAUUUUAACAUAUGGUGACAUUAAAAGGAGUUUGUUUAAGAAGCAUGGGGAUUCAUCCCACAAAGAUUUAUCAGUCACAGAUGUAUGUGCUUUAGAUUGCCAUCAUGACAAAUCUGCAAGUACUUGUCUUGUGUCCUCUAUAUGCACAAGAGGGAUAACAUAUCGUGGCCAAGAUUGCGGACUCCUAACUUGUUAUCCUGAUACGGAUCUAGCAAUUGCGAAGCAACUAAUGGAGGCCAAAGGAAUUAAACAAUUGCCUGUGGUCAAGCGUGGUGGAGAAUUCAGAAGAGAAAGAAAGCGCAGAAUUAUUGCUGUUCUGCAUUAUGAUUCAGUAGAGGAAUCGAUCAGGGGUGAAGUGGGUCGUCGAAAGUCAGUCUACCAGCAGAGUGAAGAAGAAAAUGACAUGCAGAUCAUAACGAAUGGCCAUUAAUUACUCAAGGCACUUAAUAUCAAUAGCAAGUUUCAACAAGAAAUUUGUGGUUGUUCUAGUUUUGGCAUAAGUUGGUAUAUGCAACUUUGCUGCACUCCUCUAAUUUGAGACUGGGAAGCAAACUUCAGCAAGAAGUUUACGAUAUUAGUUGGACAUCGGUAGGUAAUAUCCAAUUUACUGUAUAUUCUUAACUUAUAUGCGUGCAGAAAUUGAGGCUCCUUCCUGUUUGUUUCUGGAGCGGACAUGCUGCACCAGGCUGCCUCCAGAGCCCGAGCUUAAUAGCAUAAAUUUUCCUCAGUUUUGGUUGUACUUGCUGUAAUUGGAAAGGUAGUUACCAGUGUAAAUUUGACAUUUCACAUUUUGUACAUGAAACAUACGCUUGGUAGAUCAGGAUAAAUCAAAAUGCGAAAUCGUCAUGGACGAAUAUAUACACACAAUUAGAGAGGCAACUUAUUGCUACUAGUUGAAAUUCUAUUAAUAUACAUGUCUCUCUUUUGAUA